AUAUAUCAAGGCUCAUGACGUUCAGGAGGCAGCGUCCCUCCCUGCAGGCAAGGGUGAAGGGAUAUGUAGGUAAAUAGAAAGACUUCCCAAACUGCUGCCGAUAAUGUUUUACAGCGAUAAGUAAUGUUAAAUCCAUCCAUCACAGCAGCAACACUCAAAGAGAAGCAACAGACUUGUUUGAAGUCUCUCAGUAGGUACCCUCUGAGCGCUGCCGCGGCCGCCUCUCAAGGUUGUCAGCAGCCCACUGUGACUCGCCUAUAGUUAUCAUAGGCUACGUGGGUUACUGAGUGCCUAUACUGAGACAGUGGCUGAUCGUAAGGCUAAUAAUAAUCUCCUGUCACCUUACGGCACGUUCCAACGGCUGGUGACCAAAUUAUGGUAAAGUAUAAGGGCGUAAUGGUGGGAUGGCGAUACCUGUUGAUGUAGACACAUACCGUCUCUUAUUUAUUUUCCCAGAGCUCGCUGGCUGCUGGCUCCCUGCUGGCUGUUAGGGGAAGGUGUGCAGAUCUGACACAAGUGUGCUCAGUAUCAUUGGACGACCCGAAUGCCUAUGAAACAGAAAUACAAAGGAGAGCAUGUGCUAGCGUUUGAAAAGCGCGGCGAAAACAGGGCCAAUAAUGGCGUCCAAAUCUUAGGUUGUCGGGACUCUCUCUAUCAAAGGACUCUUCUUCUUCUUCUUCUGCCGUUAUCAUUCUCGCCCCGCAACGGGUCCUCGAGUGCGUUUGUUUACAUUGCACUUUUUACAUUAACUUUAUCUACAUUGUUUAAAUAUCAUACUGAAGAAUUGUUUAAAUAUCAUACUCAAGAAUUCUGGAACAAGUGUUUAAAGGCAAUGAAGAGAAGGCAGCAAAACCAAUUCUAAGAAAACCAAGAGGAGGGGCCGCCUGACAUGCCUUGCCUUCACGUGGACAGCCUCAGGUGGUGUGUUAAGGCCUGAAUUCUUGUGUGAGGUGGUUGAUUCGGCGGCCUAUAAGCACAGGACGUGGAAAAUAAGGAGUGCCAAGCUAGUGGUGAAAUAUUUGUGCUUCGGAGGCCAUGGACGACAUAGAGGGUGGAUUGCUAGAGGCGAGGGAGUGCUUCAGGGAGGGGAGGUACGAGCAUGCCAAGACGCUGUACACCUCUGCCCUGGACACCCUGCAUACCCUGCCAUUGCCCCAGAACGACGGAGAGAAGUUGGCAGCCAUGAUUUACAAUGAGCGAGGUUUGUGCCAAUACAAGAUGGUGUGUUUUGAUGAGGCCGUUGAGGACUACACCAACGCUGUGAGGCUGAACCCUUCCCUGGCCGCUGCAUACUACAGCAGGGCCACCAUAAACUACAGGCUGCUUGCAGGGUACCUCCAUGGCAGCAGCGAAAGGGAAGCUCUCGGCCGGAAAGCUGUGGAUGACUUCAAGACAGCUGUCACGCUCGACCCAAGUAACAUUGACUUCCGGGAGGGUCUGAGGAGCUGUCUGGAUGAGGUACAAGGAGGACUAGGAGAUGAUAAUGUGUGUGUCUUGAAUCUUGAGAAUGUUCCCCUGGCCACGUUGGUGAAGCUGCUCUUCCUGCUGGACACGGGCGACCAGGGACCCGGCACCACCACCUACAGGAGGGAGGCUCGGCAGGCUAAGGAAAUAUUUCUCGCCAUCCUGAGAUCAAAAGAACAAGGCCACCAGCAGAUUGUGAGUGUGUUACAGAGUCGUGCCAAGGACCUGCAAGAGUUCCAGAGCUCCCGUUUACCCGUGAAUGCAGAAGCUGCCAGUUUGUACUGCGUACGAAAAGAAGAGGAAGAUCUGUUGGUUCUAGUGAAAUGUUGCGACCACUUGGGUGUUGAGUACCACCGUCUGGAGGACAAGAUCAAGCAAGUUCAAGACAAAAUGGAGUUAGAGGAGAAUGAAAAGGAAGGGAACUUUUUCAUAAAUGCAGAAAAUCUUCUCAUGAGUGAUAUCUGUGACAGCCUGACCCCAGAGCUGGUGUACAAACUGUUCUGUCUGGCGGCGAGCAGAGACGGCUGGAAGUUUUGGGAGGGAGGGGAUGCCAGGGUGGUGCAGAAAGAGCAGCUCACUGAGGACGGGGUGAAAGAAGCACUGUUUUUCUUCAUCAUAAGGCAGAUGGAGGAGAGAAUGUUGUUGAACCGCAUCUACACAGACAAACUGGAAGGUCUCCUAAAAGAACUGUGUGAAGACAACCCCCAGAACGAGGUCUUAAACGCGACCAUCCAGAAGCUGAAGAACUACCCCGACGAGUGCCAGCCCCCGGGGUUGUGUCUCAUCUUCUGUGUCAAGGAAAGGAGAGAAGGGUCCGACAUCGAGAUCACCAAGUUAAAGAGCGUCUUCGGGGACCUCUUCAAGUUCACGGUCAAAAUUGAAGAGGAUCCCAACCAGAGCACCUUAGAGCGCUACCAUAAGAAGGAGCUGCUCAAAGCCAAGUACAAAUUCUACGAUUCUUUGGUCAUUUGGUUUGUGUCUCACGGUGAUGAAAAGAAUCUCCUCCUCCCCGGGGAAGAGAAGUACGACAGAGAGAGCUUCAUCGACGAUUUCUCCCGCGUCUCCACCUUCAACAUGAAACCCAAAAUAUUCUUCAUGGGGACCUGCCGAGGAAACACCCCCAUCCCCAUCAAUAACUUAGGAGGCAGGAAGGGAGACGUGGAUGGGUGCAGCAUCUGGCAGGACGGCCUGGGCAGCAACAGAGGGCGGGUCAACGUGUCUCUCAGCAACCAGGACAUUAGCAAUAUAUACUACCAGAUGGAUCGCAUUGUAUCCUACGCCACGCUGCCCUCCCACACGGCCUUCAGGGUCAAGGAUGAAGGUUCAGUGUUUGUGGAUACUGUGUGCGCCCAGCUGGAGGAGAGCCAGGACCAGAACAUCACACAGGUCCUGGAGGCCGUGUGUCAGGUCAUCCACCAAAUCGUGUUCUGCAUCGAGGAGCGCGAGGACCUGGGCAACACGAAGCAGGCCUGCUUCUACGAGAGCACCUUCCAGAAGACCUACCUGGUGCCGAGGAUGAAGGCUGACCUAACCUAACCUAACCUGACCUGACCUGGUGCCAAGAGUGUAGUAUAACCUAACCUAACCUAACCUACCUGGUGCCAAGGAUGAAGGCUGACCUAACCUAACCUGACCUGACCUGGUGCUAAGAAUGUUGUAUAAC